UAAAACGCUGCAUAUCCGGCCCUGAUAACAGGGGUUACCCACAGGUCACACUCCAGCUCACAAGGCGGCGAUAGAGUGCCUGUGAGCGGCUUUGACCUCGACGACGUAUCGCUUGCGUGCUACAGGCUCCGGUCGGUGCUUUUAUCUGGAGGGAAAAAAACAAGACAAAAGACUCGACAUGGCAACACCGGUGUCUGUCCUCCGUCUGCCUAAAGGGCCUGACCCAAACAGCCGUGGAUUUGACCCCAGAUCUCCUCGCUUCAUCGCUCUCUGUCGUACCUCCAUCCCCACCUCUGCUGCAUCAGAGGCAGACGCGGAGGAGCUGCAGAAAGAGCAGCAUGCACGAUCUGUGCUGAGAGAGACUUUCCUUCGAUGUCUCCUGUCCAUGACCAACAAGAAAGUUCAGUUUCACAUGCACGAGAAGGUGAAGGUGGAGGCCACGUUUGGAGCGUCUGACAUCGAUGUGCUGAACUUUCAGGUGUCGGACUUGCACACUCCCAUUGGCGUGCAAAAAGAGGCAUUGAUCAGGUGUCAGGACGUGAUUUCAUUCACUUUUGAUGUAUGAACACCUGCAGCUUUUGUAACCAGAUUAUUUGAGCACUUCAGAGUCUCAUUUGUUGUUGCAAGUGAGCUCUAUUUUCAUACUCUGUAAUAUAUUGUUAUAUUGUUGCUGAACAGUGUGAUUGUACAUUGUUGUCUUCAGUCCAGUCCACAUCGCUCAGCCAGUCAUACCACUCCAUGUGACUGCAAGUCCAACCCUGACAAGCAGUCCCACUUUUUCGGCACAAGAGGGAGUUGUAUGCCUUUUGUUUCAAGAGAGACCUGAUGGGAGAGCUUGCACUAGGAUAUGUUGAUACUAUUGAGUGAAUCAAAUAUCAGAAGAUUUCUUUACAGUUAUUACUAGUGCUUUCAUGUUUAGCUACAAGAACAUGUUAAGAAUUAUAGACAAUCACUUAGGUCUAACAGUUUGAUUAGUUCAGAAAGUUAGAAAACUUAAUACUGCCUCUGUAGAUCCUCUUCUUUUGUGAGAUGCAGAAAGAUGUUAUUGGUCCUCGAGUUACAUCUUUUGUCAUUUAAUUCUCAGUGUGAAACAUUGCACUUUAAAUAUGAUUGUUUGACUUCUUUUGUAUUUAAAUGUUGAUUUUGUAUUUUGUUUAAAAAAAAAAAAUAAUUAAAAAAACAUGUUUCAUAUA